AUGGCUUCAACAAAGUCUGAUGGGGCAAGAAACAUAAGCAUUUGGACCCAUGACCAGCAGGACUGGCUCAGUAAGUUUGGCUACCUCCCACCCCCUGACCCAGUGACUGGUCAGCUUCAGACCAAGGAGGCCCUGACCAAGGCCAUCAAAGCCAUGCAGAAGUACGGAGGGCUAAAGGAGACCGGAGUCUUAGACCAAGCCACACUGGGCCUAAUGACAACACCCAGAUGUUCUCUGCCAGAUGUGUCUGAGGCAGAGAUGACAGUGGGCCGCAGGAAACGAAGCCCGCCUCCUCAGAACAAAUGGAAUAAGAGGCAUCUGUCCUGGAGAGUGAGGACCUUCCCUAAGGACUCGGCCUUACUGGGCAGGGACACUGUUCGAGCCCUGAUGUACUACGCCCUGAAGGUCUGGAGUGACAUCGCACCACUAAACUUCCACGAGGUGGCCGGCAGUGAUGCAGACAUUCAAAUUGACUUCACUAAGGCCGACCACAAUGAUGGAUAUCCCUUUGAUGGGCCAGGGGGCACCGUAGCGCAUGCAUUUUUCCCCGGAGAGAGGUUCACAGCUGGGGAUACACACUUUGAUGAUGAUGAGGCCUGGACUUUCAGAUCUCCAGACUCUCAUGGGAUGGAUCUGUUUGCCGUUGCAGUCCAUGAGUUUGGUCACGCCAUCGGACUGGUCCACACCUCAGCCAUAGAGUCCAUCAUGAGACCGUACUACCAGGGACCUGUAGGAGACCCUCUGAAAUACGACCUACCUUAUGAAGACAAGGUCCGCGUCUGGCAGCUCUACGGUGUCAGAGACUCAGUGUCCCACACAAUCCGACCAGGCAACCCCUCCCAGACGGCUGAACCUCCUGUCCUGCUGGACCUUCCUGAAAACAGAUCCACUCUCCUGCUGGCGCGAGAUGCCCCAGACAGAUGCACCAGUCACUUUGAUGCAGUGGCACAGAUACGAGGGGAGGCCUUCUUUUUCAAAGGAAAGUUCUUCUGGCGACUAACAAGAGAGAAGCACCUGGUGUCUCUGCGUCCCGCUCAGAUCCAUCGCUUCUGGAGGGGCCUCCCACCCAAUCUGGACAGUGUGGAUGCUGUGUAUGAGAGGCCCGGGGACCACAAAAUAGUCUUUUUCAAAGGUCUAAAGUACUGGGUAUUUAAAGACAAUAACGUGGAGGAGGGCUACCCUCGACCAAUCAGUGACUUUGGCCUACCCUUGGAAGGAGUGGAUGCAGCCUUUGUUUGGCUGCACAACGACAAAACCUACUUCUUCAAGGACAACCACUACUGGCGCUACGAUGACCACCUGAGACGUAUGGACCUGGGCUACCCUAAAGACAGCACGCUUUGGAAGGGGCUGCCGCCACAACUGGACGACGCCAUGAGGUGGUCUGAUGGCUCGUCCUAUUUCUUCAAGGGAAAGGAGUACUGGCGAGUGCCGAGCAGCGACAUGGAGGUGGAGGCAGGAUACCCCCGCCUCAUUGCUAAAGACUGGCUGCUGUGCACCCAGAUGCAGUCGGACUCUCCGGACACAGAGCCCAAAAGCACGGAGACGAGAGUCAACGUGCACCAUCACCCAGACCACGCAGAGAAUGGAUACGAGGUGUGCUCCUGCACCUCAGACACCGCCUCGCCUUUGGGCGCCCGCCCCUCCCCAUCUCCCCUGUGGCUGCUGCCACCUCUCUGGACGCUCUCGCUGGCCCUCCGCUCUGAACUACUAUGAUGCCAAAGCAUGGGACAAAGUUCUUGAGCUGAUUGGUUGAGGGCCAGCUGGACACUCAGCAGAAGCAAACAUUUGAAUAUUUUCUUCUUCUUACAUCCUUUGGUAUCCUUUUGUGCUAAUUUAUUUGGUCAUUUGGUGGGCACUGCGAGCUAAAGUAAUCAUCCUUAUGGGCAUCAACCUACACAACCUACAAAGUUGUUUACUGAAUGGUCAAACUGCCUCAUCUCUGCAAGGAAAAAGGUUAUAGAAAUGUAUUCCAAGAGCACCAUUAUUUGUAAUGACUCAAAUGCAGACAAGUUAAAGGCAUUCUGGGAUGAAGGCAGGUGCAAAGGUGAACAGUGUACCAACACAGACAUUGUUGCUUAUUUUAUGAAAUUACAACAAAAGCUUUGUUACAUGGUUGGUUCACCAAAAUUAGCUCAAAAUUAGUUCAAAAUUGCCAAAAAAAACAUACAGUAUGUUCACAAUUACUUCUAGUGGUAUCUAGCCAUGUAGAUGGUAUUAUUUUUAUGUAAUAGUUUCCGCCUCCACCCAAUACAGUGGAGGUGAAAGAAAUUUGUGCUGUUAAUCACACAGAAAAAUGACACUUGGAUAACUACACAGUAUUGUGCCUUUGCAAAAAGGAUAAUCCAUAGAACUCAUCAGGAGCAUUUCCUCUUUCAAAAGUAGAUCUAAUUAAAACAGUUUACAACUAAGUAUGUAGAUUAUCCAAAGUAACAUUUGGAUUUGAAGUUAUAAAAGUCAUUUUUCAAUGCUGUGUGCACAACCAACACUUUCCAUUCACCUAACAUUCAGUGUGACUGUGUAAGUCAUAAGGAUGGAUGGAUGAGUAGGUGGAUGGACUGUCAGCACUGGUUUCCUUCCCUCAACUGCACACUCAAGUGAGGGACUGCUGCUCAUGUACGUAUUCCGUAACUGUUUCAUAAUUUGCACCUCUGGUUCAGAAGCAUUCCCUGCUCUUGGUUUAGUUGUAUCUUAUGUAUCAAAUUCAGAUGAAAUAGUAUUAGUUUAUUUUACAUUCUUUGAUCAGGUCAUAGAGUUGAGUAGUUUUUUGACUUUAUCACUCCUAGCUCCUUGUGAAGAGUCACAACUCGUCCCUUGGAUUUAUUCUUGCUGUAAAGAUAUAUUUACCUAGAGACUGAUAUAUUUGAGUUAAAAUGUUCUGCAGUUAUUGCAUAACCAAGUGGACUGUGUA